UUCCGCAUGAACGUUGGGGACCUGUCAGAGCGGCUGCGACACACGUAAUUACGAACAUAAGGACCAGUUAUGUUAAUUAUGGUUCACGGAAAUGUGACUGACGGUUUGCUUUAAAACAUCCGAUCUGUUAUCAUCAUUGGAGACCCUCUAUCCUCAGACAUGGCAGAGCAACCUACAGAUAUGAACCACCCCACAACUGCAGAUGACAAAUUCGAAGAAGCACAGUUAACAAACGUGGAUCUUGUCUCAGCGAGUAAUGGAUACAAAAAGGAGAACACUGAUAUUGCUCCAUAUGUAAACCCACAACAGCCAGAAGACACAAAUUUAACUGAAGAGAAGAAGACAGGUCUUACUGAAGAAUCAUCUCCAAAAAAUGAAGAAACGCUGUCUGUAGAGGAUAGCACUCAAACACAGGCUGGUGAUGAAGGCAAUGAUGAUUCCACCAGAGAGACUGAAAGAACUGAGCAGCCUAUCGACAAAGUGGAGAGCAUCUCUACAGAAUUUUGCCAUUCCGGGGACAUGGCAGUUGAAGAAACUGCAACUAAGGAAGAGGAGGAUGGAGUAGAUGGACCCAAAGCCAGAGAUAAAAAAAAAUCCCAGGACAAAAACAUCAUUGAUAUUGGAGCAGAGGGAGAUGUUAGGAGCAGUCCUGAGAAGGUCUUUGCUCCUGAAGAAGAAGCAGCUGAAGAAGAAGAAAUAAAGAAACCACAGGAAAUCACAACCUGUCUGCAGGCUGAAUCACAGCCAAAGACCUCAGUAGACGAAAAGACAGGUGAACAGGCAGAAAAAAUUGAAAAUGUUGGUCGUACACAUCUGGGGAGUACAGAAUCUGAGGGAACUUCUGGAGGAAACAUAAGAUACCUGAUAUUGUUGGGGGUUCUGGCUCUGGUUCUUGCUGUGUUGAUGCAAUAUCUCCAUCCUGAGUCUCCAUCUCUGAAAAUUGAAGAGCAGCAGAUAGACAUCUUCCUCAAGCAGAUGGAAAAAUUAAAGACUCAGUUCUCUAACCAGCGUGCUGAACUCUGGAAAAGAAGCAGAAUCCACCUUCUGAGGCACCUUCAGACCGCACAACCCACAGAGCCGGUCAGCCUGAUCCUGACUGCUGGUGUCCGAGCUGAGAGGACGCUACACUGCCUGGCUAAGGGCUUGGCCUCUGCUUUCUCUUCUUCCCUUAAUGCUUCUGUCCUCUACAUCGAUGGAGCCAGCAAGGCCAGCCAGGAUAGUGACCAGGUCAAACUGGACAUAGACAGGAACUUACAGGGAGCUUUUGAGGGAGAUAAACCUGUAGCUGUCAUUCACCGCUUCGAGGAGCUGCCUCCAGGCUCCACCCUUAUCUUUUACCGCUACUGCGACCAUGAGAAUGCUGCCUACAAGAAGACUUUUCUGAUUUUCACAGUACUGCUGGGGGAGGAAGAGGAGAUCCCUGCUAAGAGUCAUUUGAGUGCUGUGGAGGAGAUGGUGGAUGACCACCUCCAGAAGAAGUUUCUCUCUGAUAGCUAUCCUGUGUCUUAUGACAGGAUGGACCUGGACAAGUACGGUGGCCUGUGGAGCCGUAUUUCUCACCUCAUUCUGCCUGUGGCAGCAGAGGUAGGGAUAGAGCGUGAUGGGUGUGAAAGGACAUGAUUAACCCCUCUUAAAUUCAAUUAAAGUCAAAGCACUAAACUUCUGCUAGUUCAUCAGACUUCUCACUGCGUGACUCAAGUUAAUCUGGGGUUUAGAGGUUUCACACCCAAGGAUGUCUUACAUAUCGACUUAUGAAAAAUUCUACAAAUGAUGGCAUCAAACAUAAAUAACACUCUAAAGAUUUUAAGCAUUACAUCAGUGGAGAUUACCAUACAACACUUAGGGCACAUAAGAAAAUAAGGAUGUGGUGCUUUGAUUUUUAAUUAAUUGUAAAUUAAAAUAGAUUAUAAUAAAUGCUAUUCAAAACUGGAGGUUUUGUAAAUAUAGAAGAAUGUUUGCAAUUUUUAAGUUCAUUGCUGCAAAUUGUGUAAAAUUUGAAAAAUUAUUUAAUGCAAAGCUUGAUUGUUCUCCUAUGGAUAAUGAUCAACAAGAGUUCAAAUGAAUACAUUUUUUUAUAUAUUCCAGCACAGGGUUUACCAUUUUCUAUGACACUUUUUAAAGGGUUUAUUGCCUUUAAGGAUUUCCCAUCUUUCCAUUGCCUGUACACAUAUUCAUGUAUCAAAUUACAGCAAAACAUUUAAUGUAAAUAUUUGAACAGAUUAAAUGUGCCUUAAUUUAUAAAUAAAGCACUGCAAAUUCA